UUUAAAACUAUGGGCAUAAGAAAAAUGCAACAUUAAAAUAUGAAAAACAGCGUUAUUAUUAUAAUUAUUAUUUUAUUUUACAGCUGGUGCUAGUUUGAGAUUAGUUGGUGGGCCGAGUCCUACCGAGGGUAUUCUACAGAUAUUCAUUGGGGGGUCCUGGGGUACCAUCUGUCAGAGAGGGUGGGGCAAGAAAUCAGCUGAUGUCGCCUGCCGGCUCUUAGGCUACACACGCUCUGUUGAAACUGUUAACGGCUUUAAGUAUUUGAGUCCAGAGGUUGGGUCUUUACCAAUAUGGCUUGAUGAAGUAAAAUGUAAUGGAGACGAGAGGUCGUUGUUGGAUUGUCCCCGUGGGCCAAUAGGAACACAUGCUUGUGGACAUGGUAGUGACAUUGGACUAAUCUGUACAAGUAUACCCAAUUAUCCCGUAAGACUGGUUUCCAAUCCCAGUAAUGCAAGUAAUGGUGUUGUUCAGAUAUAUCACGAAAAUACUUGGGGAUCAGUUUGUAAUGCUACCCUGUUCACUCCUAAUGAUGCUAGAGUAGUCUGUGGUAGUUUAGGAUUCACACUAGGACCUGAUUGCCCUAGUGGUACUUGCGCUAGUAAUACAGACUCUUCACCUUCUCUCAUUCCUGUCUGGUCGAGUUCUAUGAAUUGUGGUGGGUCUUCAGCCAGCGUCAGUGACUGUGGGGUUGUGUUUGGAACCCAUUCUUGUGUCCAUCAUACUCAAGAUGUGAAUGUCCGUUGUAUCUCUCACAACUAUCCCGUAAGACUCUCCGGAGGCUUCAACUCAUCCGAGGGCCGUCUUGAGGUUUUUGUCUCUUCUCGCUGGACCCCAGUCUGCCAUAAGAACUUUGACAGCAACGACGCGUACGUGGUAUGCUCUCAGCUAGGAUACAAAGGAGUGGAAGAGAUAGUGGAGGAGAGUGUGUUUGGGAGUGAUGGUAUAUUCUUGUUGAGUGAUGUUCAGUGUAAUGGUACUGAGGAUAGUCUCUCUCAGUGUGGCUUUAAAGUUAAUACUGUCAAUGGAUUUGAGGAUUGCACGUCAGUGGGGAUCAGAUGCACAACAAGGUCUCCAAAUGGGUUGAGACCCAUCAGAUUAGUGGGAGGGGCUGGUGCCGGAAGACUUGAAGUAUACAAUGGAAGUUCCUGGGGAUCGGUCUGUAACCUUGACUGGUCCGUAGAAGACUCAAAAACUGUUUGUAGAGACCUUGGAUAUUCCGUGGAGCCACUCCCCAUUACUGUAGAUUAUCGUAGUUUUGGUAGAGGAGGUGGUCCUAUCAAGAUUUCCAGAAUCAGCUGUAAAGGGAACGAGAGUCAUUUCAGGGACUGCUUGUUUGCAAGUAAUGUUAGUGGGUGUGGUCAUGAUAAUGAUGUAGCAGUUGUAUGUCAAGGUUCAGAGUCAUGCACUGAUUUUAGUCUCAGGUUAGUGGGCGGAGCCAGUGAUCUGAUUGGACGACUAGAAAUGUGUUACCGAGGUCACUGGGGUACGGUCUGCGGUGACUCCACAGGAUCCUCCUCCUCUUCAAUAGCAUCUGUGUCCUGCCGUCAGUUAGGGUACUCACCCACUGAAGGGAGGGUAUUACCUUAUGAUGAGUUUUAUGAAAAGAGGCAAGGUGUCAUAUGGUUGGGCGGAGUCAGUUGCCGUGGAAACGAGAGCAGGUUGAUCGAUUGCUCUCACUUGCCAGUUGGUAGAUUGAGUGAUGGUUGCUCGGGACAUUUUCAAGAUAUGAUACUACAGUGUCAAGCUUCUACAGAGUUUAAGAUUCGUGUGAGAGGCAACCAGAACUCUUUCAUUACAUCAGGUAGAGGUAGAGUUGAAGUCCAGUAUAAUGGAUUAUGGGGUACUGUCUGUGAUACCCAAUGGGAUCUUAACGCUGCUACUGUCGUAUGUAGAGAAAUGGGAUGGGGGAGAGCAGUAAGGCCUUCGUUUGCUUCCGAGUUCGGACAAACUUGGGGACCGAUCUGGAUGGAUUUUGUGCGAUGCCGUGGUGACGAGACAUCACUUGAGAAGUGUGGCCAUACAGGAUGGGGUCUGGUUAGUUCCUGUACUCACCGUAAUGACGCUGGAGUGGUAUGCACAAAUUCUACAGGGGCUGUAUCAAUAUCAGUUCAGCUCAGUGGUGGUGUUGUAUCAGUGCAGUAUAAUGGUGAAUGGGGACUAGUGUGUUAUGAUGGUUGGGAUUACAGGGAUGCUACUGUUGCAUGCAAAGAACUAGGUUAUGAAUCAGUGUAUUCUAUUGGAUCUUCUCCUCAUCGACCAAACGUCUCACCGAAUCCUCCAACUGUCUGGUUAUCUAAAAUACACUGUCAAGGAAAUGAGUCCAGUUUAUCUCAGUGCAUCUAUGGGUGGGGCUCUUUUAACUGCUCAUCACACGAAGGAUACGCUACUCUAUCUUGCUCCAAUAGCGAUCCUUCUUCAUUGCCAAUAGCAACUAGACUAGCCAAUGGUACCUCUGCUAGUAAUGGUAUCAUCAGUAUACGAUAUGGUGGAGUAUGGGGGCGUGUAUGCUCCUCCCACUGGACAAUAAGAGACGCUAAUAUAGUCUGUAGGGGGCUGGGGUACAGUCGAGCAAAGGGUCUGAAAAUAUUGGAUGUUUCAUAUUCAAACUUGGACCCUAUUUGGAUGGAUAACGUCCAAUGCAUUGGGAACGAGAAUCACUUGCAAGACUGUUAUUUUGAUGGGUGGGGUCACCACACCCACCAGACCACAUGUAAAAGCAUGUUUGUGUCGUGCAAAAACGAAAACUUUGACCUAAAACUCUACAAUCGUCAGAAUGACAAUAGUGGUCUCCUUCAGGUAUACUACAGUGGUGGGUGGGGUUUUGUGUGUGAUUCUGAUUGGUCGCUUCAUAAUUCACACGUUGCAUGCAAGCAGUUAGGAUUUGGAAGUGCUGAGUCAUCAUAUACAUUAUCAACGCCCCCCGUGAGGGGUCUGGUGUUGAUGGAUGUUGUAAAAUGUACCGGAGCUGAAAGCCGAUUCGUUGACUGUCCGUUCAAAGGGUGGGGCUAUGCUCGGGCUCGUUGCAACGGGAGUAAUUAUGUGGGCGCUGUCUGCAGUAACCAUGGUAACAGCGAAAUGAACUUGAGAUUGAUUGGCAGUGAUAGUGAGACGAAGGGUCUGGUGCAGGUUCAAUAUUCGGGACGCUGGGGUUACGUGUGUGGAAACUAUUGGGGGGAUUUUGAAGCUAAAGUGAUAUGCAAUCAGUUAGGACUAUAUCCUCCACCAGUUGGUUACAGUUCAGUCUCAUUCACUGCAUACAGACCUGAGCCCAGUGAUACAGUCUGGCUGGAUAAUGUACAGUGUAGCGGAGGAGAGGAGAGGUUCAGUGAGUGCCAUCAUGAUGAGAUAGGGACCCACUCUUGCUCUGUCUCAUCUCCUGUUGGAGCUGUUGAUUGCAAUUAUAAAGAUCCGAAUCAGUUCUCAGUUAGGUUGGUAGGUGGGGCUAGUCCUAAUGAGGGGCGUGUCCAGGUGUAUUACAAUGGUUGGAAGUCAGUCUGUGGAAGUGGGUGGGGUUUCCGUGAUGCUCGCGUGGUCUGUCGUCAGUUAGGAUAUGGAGACGCCCUCAAUGUUCCCACGUCUUCCUUAUAUGGUAUUAGGAGACCUGACGAAUUGAGCAUAAUGGAUAAUGUUCAGUGUUCUGGGGAAGAGUCCUUGUUGAAGAACUGUGACCAUACCUUUGGAAACCUUGAGUGUUCAGUGACUAAUGUCGCUAGUGCUAUCUGUACUGAUGUAUCUCAUCCAGUUGUUACUACAGUCAGACUAAACCCCUCCUCCUCUCCUUCUACUGGUACUGUACAAGUACUAUACAAUGGAUCAUGGGGUUCUGUGUGCUCCAAUGGCUGGGACAUCAAUGAUGCACAUGUAGCGUGUCGUCAGUUAGGAUACCCUAGUGCCGUUAGGACUGGUCUCUCUGUACUUUUCUCUCUCGAACCAGUGUCAGACAGUCCGAUAUGGUUAAGUGGUGUUAAUUGUGAAGGGACUGAGAGUUCUAUAGGACAGUGUCUAAUUGAGAGAGGGUGGGGUGAUGUUGGUUCUGGUUGUACCCAUUCAUUUGAUGUUGCUGUAGAAUGCACUGAACCUAAAAGUUCAAAUCUCUCCAUUCGACUGAUAUCCGGUGGUGUUCCUUACAAAGGACGUAUCCAAGUGUUAAUGAAUGGGACGUGGGCUGGGGUUUGUGGAGAUAAGUUUAGAGCAACCAAUGGAAAUGUAGUCUGUAGACAGUUGGGAUACUCCAGGAGCUUGAUUGCUUUUAAUGGCUCUGAACACUAUUCCAGUUUCUUACCUGAUGAACUGGUUUUGUUAUCUGGUUUGAACUGCAUCGGAACUGAGGGGAGCCUCAUAGACUGUCCUACUACAGUAUCAACACUGAUCAGUGAAGGGGAGUGUAAAGUUGGGCCUGCUAAUGUCAUCUGUGAUGUUGCUCCUCAAAUCCCAACUCCUCCUAAUUCAACUCGUCUUGUUGAUGUCAGCCUGUCAGGAUACAAGGGAAAGCUUUUUGUUUAUGACGGCAGUACUUGGGGUACUGUCUGUGAUGAUUUCAUUUUCACAAAGCCUGUAAUUGGUAAAGUUGUAUGCCGGAGUAUUGGAUAUGCUGGACCUACCCAAAUCUUUGGUGAAUCUGAUGGACUUUACCCUAAUGAGUUUAGCAUCACUGAUCCCAUUCAUCUUGAUGAUGUUCAAUGCAAUGGUAACGAGAGGAGCAUAUUUGAUUGUCCUCAUACAACUGAAACUGCUGGCUGUGAGCAUGCUGAAGAUGUUUCAAUUGAAUGCAGUAGCAUACGUCUUGAUUCUGUUAGAGCAAGACUGACUGAUAUCAGAUCAGGUAUUGUUGAGGUACUUUAUGGAGACCAAUGGAGCUAUGUAUGUGUAACUAAUAAUGAUUGGAGUUUACCUGAGGCUAAUGUUGUAUGCAGAGAGCUAGGAUAUACUGGGGCUAGCAGUGCUUAUACUACUAGUGAAUAUGAAAUCCAGCCAGGUGCUUUGAUUGAUGGUGUUAAUUGUACUGGAAAUGAGACACGACUCUCUCACUGUAUCAUCAAUGAAUGGAAUGUAACUAAGGACUGUUCUUCAUUUGCCGGUGCAGAAUGUAUAGUUACAAUGGAUUCAGUGAGGCUAGUCGGUGGUGUUUCCUCCAAUGAAGGACGAGUUGAGAUACUUCGUAAUGGAGUUUCAAGCAGCGUCUGUGAUGAAGGAUGGGGUCUACCAGACGCUGAGGUUAUCUGUCGUGUACUUGGAUACCCAAGGGCCAGCCGGACAUUAGCAGGUUCUUGGUUUGGUAAAGGAGAAGGAGCAGUAUGGUCUGGUGUAGAUUGUACUGGUAAUGAAGCUAGUUUGUCAUUUUGUCCAAAUAAUACUGGCAGCACUAGCAGUGCCUGUAACUCACACUCUAAUGAUGCCAGUGUGGUCUGCUCAUCAAGUUCCUCAGUAUCUCAGACGUUCUUAUGUGCCGAUGGUGAUGUAAGACUCACUAAAAACGGGAUGAUACUUGAAGGACAGAGUCAGGGACGAUUAGAGAUAUGUGUUGGCGGAGAAUGGGGGCGGGUCUGCAUUGGUGGGUGGGGCUAUGAGGAGGCUGCUCUGGUGUGUCGUCAGUUAGGAUUCAGAGUUGAAGGUGCAUCAAGGAUUUCUAGUUCUCAGUUUGGUUUUGGUUAUCGUCCUAUUUUGAUUGAUACCCUACAGUGCACUGGCCUGGAGUCCUCCCUCCUGCAAUGUGGCCACACCCUCCUGGCACCCGGCACUUACGACCAAUCAUGUGACAGCACUCAAGAUGUUGCUGUCUCCUGUCAAACCGUUGUGAGUUCUCCAGUUCGAAUACGUCUCGUGGGUGGUAACGUAGAGUGGGCGGGACGAGUUGAAAUCCACUUACCAGAUAAUGCGAUGUGGGGGCGUGUGUGUGAUGAUGGGUGGAGCCUGGCUAGUGCUCGUGUGGUUUGCCGUCAGUUAGGGUAUGGAUAUGCCAUAGGAGCCACCAUUGGGACUACCUUUGGAAGAGGUAGUCGAUCGCUCGGUUAUGGUAGGGUAACAUGUGUCGGGCUUGAGUCUGGCCUCUCCAACUGUUACCAUGACAAUCAGCUCUCGUGUGACAUCUCUCACGUGGCUGGGGCCGUAUGCAGUGACACGCCCACUCCUCCUAACGUGAGGCUCAGGUUGCUAAGCAACGGAAAUAAACCCGAGGGAAUUUUACAAGUUUAUUUUGCUGAGAAGUGGGGGCGAGUUUGUACCACUAGUGGGUGGAGCUUAACAACUGCCGAUAUUGCUUGUCAUCAUCUGGGGGAAGGUCUGGCUGUUUCAACAAUGGGCGUGUCUACAUCAUCCCAAGACUCCUUCUUUUGGUUGAGUGGUGUUCGUUGCUUUGGUAACGAGACUCGUCUUCAAGAGUGCCAGCAUUUAGGGUGGGGCUACGCUGGAGAGGAAUGUUACGAGGGAAGUACCAGUGUAUGGCUGAACUGUUCUGGAAACUCAAACACACAGACCUCUACUAGCAUACCAACACUAACUGCUACUCCUAGUGCUGGGCCAGUUGAACCAGGCGCUUCAUCUCUUCCAGUACUAGCAGUCAUUAGUCCUACCAUUGCUGCUAUCCUCCUAUUCACUUGCCUUAUAAUUGUCUCCAUCUUGUUCUACAUUAACCAUCGAAAGCAUAAAGGCAGAAUGUACAGGAUCAGCUCACCUGAUGAAGGGAUGGAAGUACAAGAAAGAGGAAUUCCGAAGAAAAGAAAGAAGAAUGUAGUCAUUUCACCAUCUAAAGCAUCACAGCUUCAUCUUCUAAGCUCUGAAGCUAUGAGUCCACCAAUGAGUCCUUCUUAUUCCAAGUCCUCUUCACUUACUAGAUCAGAGCAAAGACUUGAUGUUUCAAUGAUGACCAUAACAUCAGAGCUCAUCAACUCAACAGCUCCCAAUGACUCUACCUCUCCUGAAACCACUGACUACAAUUCCCCACCUUUCUCUCCUACUAGAAUUGAGAGUACCAUGCCACCAUCACCCUCACCCACGCCAGCUAAUAAUGAUAGCAUUACCCUCACACCUCAGCCUAAUUUAAACUCCAGUACUAGAUCUAAUGAGCCUCUAACACUUGAUGCAGCUUUACAUACUGAUUCAUCACUCUCUACCUCAUUCUCUACUUAUGAUAAGCCACCACUGACAUCCUCAUCAUCACUCUCUUCAGGCAGAUAUGCUGAUUUAGAUGUCCUUAGUUCACAGCAUAAUGCUGCUAAGAGAGCCAGUAUGGUGAGCAGCAGUGGUAGUAACAGCAGAGCUCAAUAUGCUACCAUACAAGAAGUAAUGCCAAGGAAGAUAUCAGUCAACACUGAGACUACAACUGUUUAAUUAUCAUCAACCCAGUCAUAAUUUACAGACACUUAUUGCUAUUAUUGUUUAAUUAUAGUUCUGCAUGUAGUUUUGUGUAGUCAGUCACUUUGUGUACUAUUUUAACUUUUUGUAGAAUUAUUCUCAAAUCAUUUUGAUGUUAACUAAUAAAUAAUAUGAAGGGAUUCAUGAUUA